CGCACAAACCGGAAGCAGGAAGUGGAUUCGACGUCAACGUGCGAAAUUCAAACUUGUGUAACAAAACAUCUCAUUGGGAGGGCUUUUCUCCUCCACGGUUUAUGGUUGUUCACUGGAUUUAACUGCAUCCCAUCCCGUUUUCUAACAAAUUCAGGUAGUUUUCCAACAAAUUCAGGUAGUUUUUUAACCUUUGCGAGUGUUAGUGUUUUAUAGUUUGUGUUACAAAAACGUGUGUUAAGGAUGAUAAUUCGAGCAGACUGUCUUUUUCUUCGUUAAAUGGCAUUUCUUACCUGAAAAAAUGCUACUUUUGUCGAAAGACGAAAGGACUUCGUGUUUUAUUGAGUUCUUCGGUGAAUUCAGUGCAAAAACAGCUCUUGUAAACCGUUUUCUUUCUCCACAGGGAGGUUUGUCCGUGUGCAGCUGGAGCAGGGAGGAUGCCCGUGGAAAGGACUGAACACCGUGGAGUGGACGAGCUUCACAAAUACUAUGAAAUCUAUGAGACCAUCGGCUCAGGUAAUGACUGCUUUAAGUGGUGAAACAGAUUAGCUAUUGCCACAUCAUUCCGUAUUUGUACUACAAACCGUGUUUCCUAUAUUUUCAGGAGGCUUUGCUAAGGUCAAACUGGGUCGACACAUCCUGACAGGAGAGAAGGUGGCCAUUAAGAUCAUGAACAAGAAGGAUCUGGGGGUGAGUGAAAGAGACCCCUGUCCACUUGGUUGUUAUAAAUGCUUGCACUAAAAACAGCCCAACAUUAACUGAAAACAGUCUCUAUGGAAAUGUCUAUCAUGGCUGAAUUGGUGCUGUUGUCCUUAGCCAACACCCUGAUCCCAAGCACUGAUAUAUCCAAUCCACUUUAUCAAUAGCACAUUUUAAAAAAAACAUUACAGUUCGCCAAAGUGCUGCACAGUAAAAUGUAAAAGAACAAACACUACAGAAAACAUCACAAGAAAAUAAAUAAAAGCAGGUAAAAAAAAAAAAAAACAUUUAAAAGGAAAUUAAAUAAAAACCCAAAAGCAUAUAAGAAAUAAAAGUGAUAAAAAGACAUAAAGGACAGAGAUUACACAGCUCUCAUGCUGAGUUAAAAGGCAAAGAAUCAAAAAACACAGUGAUUUGUUAUACAGCCUAACAAAUUGACCAAAAUUUGAUAAAUAUGUUGCUUACAACAUAAAUUUUGGAUUUUUAUGGGAUUGAAAAUGUAGAAUCAAUGUGGGAAUAUAGAUGUCACACCAUAUGGGAAAUCCAUGACAAUUGAAGACAAUAAAAACCACAACCAGAGUAAGUAACUCUUUCGCAUUUUCAGGAAUUGUUUCCAAUUUUCUUAUUCCAUGUUCUUUAACACAAUAUGUGCAAAAAAAUCUAAUGUUUUAAAUGAAAGUUUGCAUUUUGAUGUUUACAUUGUCUCAAACCCCGUUCAUAAACUGUUUCCAUCAGCCUAUUUUCUUCCAUAUUCUGUCUUUACUCCUUUUGUCUCAUCAUUUAUUUACAUGCAUGAAUUUAAAAGUUGCAGUGAGUAAACCAAAUUGUUUUCUGAACCCAGGAUGACCUCCCCAGGGUGAAGGUAGAGAUAGAGGCCAUGAAAAACCUGAGUCACCAGCACGUCUGUCGUCUUUAUCACGUCAUAGAGACCUCCACCCAGAUCUUCAUGGUGCUGGAGGUAAGCCCCCACAUCCACAGACUGUGUGCUUGUCGGCGCUAAUGUGGAGUAACCAUUUCAUCUUAUUCUAUAUCUAAUUGUUCCCUCUGUGUCUGUCUCAGUACUGUCCAGGUGGAGAGUUGUUUGACUACAUUAUAGCAAAGGACCGGCUAUCAGAGGAGGAGACCAGAGUGUUUUUCAGACAGAUCGUGUCUGCAAUGGCCUACGUCCACAGCCAGGGAUACGCACACAGAGACCUCAAACCAGUAAGAACAGCUACUGAUUCACAAAAGUGUGAAUGAGUGAAACUACAAGAAGAUGUUCGUACUUUUCUGUGACUGGAUAUUAAUGUAUUUUUCUUUGAAUUUAGGAAAACCUGCUGAUUGAUGAGGACCAUAACCUGAAGCUGAUUGACUUUGGAUUAUGUGCCAAACCUAAGGUUCGUCACACAUUCAUUAUCUCUUUGUAUUUCUGAUAAAGUUAUUUCUAAUGGACCACAGUAAUGACAAAGAGAAACCAAUAUAGGAUUUAUAGGAAAUAAUGUACGCAUAGCACAUAGCAAUCCAAAUGAAAAUUUGACAUACAUAUGCAAAAGUCACAUCUUCAAAUGAUAAUCUUUAUGUCAGGGAGGUUUGGGGUAUGAGCUGAUGACCUGUUGUGGGAGCCCUGCAUACGCCGCUCCUGAACUCAUCCAGGGAAAAGCAUAUAUUGGUUCUGAGGUAAGAGGCCCAUCUUUAACUUUUCAACCAAUCUGGGCUGCAAAUUCAAGAUUAGUGCUUAUUGAAAUCCCCCAAACUUGGACUUGUUUUUCACCUCAAAGUUGUGAUUACCUCCCUGCUCCACAUUUCUACUUUUUCAUGGUUUCCUGAUCAUAUUUGCUGAUGCAUGACUCAGUGCAACUGAGCUGUGAAAUCCUACCUGUGACACUUGAAGCUGAAACGGUGCUCAUGUGUGAAUCUCCAGGCUGAUGUGUGGAGCAUGGGAGUGCUGCUGUUUGCUCUGCUCUGCGGAUACCUGCCCUUUGAUGACGACAACUGCAUGAUCCUCUACAGGAAGAUCACAGUAAGAGUGGUGACAUCUGCCCGGCAGCCUGAUAUUUCUAGAAACCAAUCUUUGAUACCCUGACACUAAGCUACAAUAAAGUAGCUAAUGCCUCCCUGCUCCGUUCCAUAUUAUUAUGACUAUUAUUAAUAUGUUUUUUCGUUUUCCUUACAAAGCAAAUACCAUGUAAUCAUUGUUUGGUCUAAUAAUGUUUUUUGUCUUUCGUGUUUUCAGAGGGGUAAAUAUGAUAACCCUCAGUGGCUCUCCCCAGGUAGUGUCCUCCUCCUUAACCAGAUGAUGCAGGUACAUAAUCAGUUAUCACCUCCUUUUUCUUUUAAAUCUACUCUUGUCUUUCUGUCUCCCUUUUCUUGUCCAGAAGUCAGCAGUUAAUUAUAGACAGGUUUUAAUUAGCUGGUUAUCUCUCUGUCACAUUAACUUAACUUCAUGAAUGAAUUUAAAGUAAAGGUGUUAAAAGUAGUAAUAUAUUUAUAAAAUAGUUUUAUGAACUUGUACAGCAUAGCAUUAUUUUGUAGUUCUUUGUAUAUGGAGUUGUAGUUUCUGUGUUUGACCUGUAGGUGGACCCCAAGCGGCGUCUUACUGUUCGUCAGCUGCUGGACCAUCCGUGGGUGACGAAGGACUACAACAGCCCUGUAGAGUGGCACAGCAGGCAGCCGGUAAACGCACAGUGCAAACACAUACAUUUCAAAUAUGAAGAUUCUGUAUUAGAGAUGUAAACAGAAUAUCAGAACUGCACCCAGACUAAUGUCUUCACAAAUUUGGACCAUUUGUUUUCUCCCUUGUAUUAUCCAGAACGACUAUGAUAGAAGUCAGAUCACCUGAAUCACCUCAAAUGUCAUUUCCCUGAAACAAAUCCACUGUCUGUGUGAUCUCCUCUUCAUCCUCUUUAAAGAAUCAUCUGUGAUGAUCACAAAAGCACAGAGAAGAAGCAUCUGUCUUGUUUUUGGGGAACUGAACUGGGUCUUUGUUACAGCUCGGCCACAUUGAUGAGGACUGUAUCACUGAGAUGGCCGUCAACAUGAAACGAUCACGGCAGAGCACCACAGCUCUGGUCAAGGAGGUGUGUGUUCUUGAUGUUGAAUAUAUUGAUCAGUUGAUUUUGCGUCUUCAUAAUUAUAAAUGAUCGAACACCUCCUUACUCCCACAGUGGCAGUACGAUCAGACCACAGCCACCUACCUGCUGUUGCUGUCAAAGAAGCAGAGGGGCAAACCUGUCCGUCUGCGCCUUGAGCGAACAGUCUGCGAGGACUCCUGCUCUCCACUGCACCAGGGACUACAGGUCAGAGUCAGGACCACAACUCCCAAAAUGCCUUUGGUUUUUAACUGCUAUUAAAGCACCAGCCUGAUAAGUUGUAAUGAAUCAUUUUCUUGUUUCUUCUCUACCUCUCAGACCAGAGAACUCCUUCACUUCAGUGAGGACGAAGACCCAGUGAUUGUCGGUUCUUUAGACUUUGGAUCUGAAUACAUCGAUGAUUGCCCGUGGGUGCCCGUCACACAGCGUACACCCAAGGGGGUCAGAGGUCAGCCAGAUGGAGCUGCAAGCACCAAAGACACAGUAUGUGGAAAAUGAUCUUACCAUAAGAAAAUACUCCAGAGAGUAUUUAACAUUAGAUGUGCCUGUAUCAACAUGUAUCUCCUCCUGUUCUUUGUACAGAGAGUAGGUUCUCCAUCAGAGGAGAGAAGAUAUGGAUACAGCCCAACCCCAGAGAGAGGGCGAACAACACAGCAGCGCCAGGAGCGUAGGGCCAGAGACAAGGAGCAAAUUAGUGAGAACAAGGAGAAUCUAGCAGUGCAGGAGAAAGACGACGAUAUGUUCGCGUUGCCACCUCCUCGAACUCCAGCAUCCAACAAGAAGAAUCCCCGACCCAACAAGAACGUGUUGACCACACCGAAUCAAAAUACACACGUCACCGGCACUAAAACCAAGCCAGUCACACCUAAAGGUAAGAGAAACCGUUUUUUUUUUUCCACUCAGCCAUUGAGAAGAAUGAAGUAGUGGUUGCAGGGUUCCGUUCACACGACAGUUUAUUUGUUCACUGUAAUUGUUUUUUCGCUCCAAACAAGAGCUUGAAGUACAAUCUCUAUUAGAUUAUUUGCAUUAGCCAACUGCCCCUCCUCAUGUUGCUCUCUUUCAUUAAUCUGUCCCUCGCUCGGUCUCAUGCAGCUCUCAUAAUCACAAGUGCCACAUCCACAUGCUCCACAUUUGCAAGUAAAUUGUCUUCUGGUAAUAAACUCAUUUAUUGGACCUGUUUUUAUUCCAAAGCCACUCAUAUUUCUGUGAUUUAGCUGUCAUAGCGCCUCUGAAAAAUGGACACACACCACCACGCUCUCUGGCUUAUCACUUAUCACUGACAGCUCAAAGGUGAGGCUAUUAUCAGGGAUCUAAUUGUGUUCAUUUGUCUAGAAAUGAAAGAGGCUAAUAUGAAUGGAGGACAUUAAGAGUCUUAAUUAUUUGUUGUAGUGACAAAGACGUCCGGCCUCAUUGGUUUCUUCUUUAAACUCAAAUGGACUAAGUCUCCCGGCUGACCUAGUUGGUGUUAAACCUGCUGGAAUCUGGAUCCUGCUUUGUGUUCACCCUGCUGCUCUUGAAGUGAGAGGGCUAGAUAUGCUGGCUUUGACACACACACACACACACACACACACACACACACACACACACACACACACACACACACACACACACACACACACACACACUCACACGCACACACAAUGUGGUCUGUGUGUGUCUGUCCCUAGGCGUGUGCUGUGACAGGUGUAGCUGUCUCUUUCCUCUGCUCACUGUCCCACGUGGGCUGUAGUGACAUGUGUUCUCUUGCCACCAAAGCCUAGCUCUGUCUUUGUGUGUGUGUGUGUGUGUGUGUGUGUGUGUGUGUGUGUGUGUGUGUGUGUGUGUGUUUGUGUGCAUCAUAUGUGUGUAUUUGUCAGGCUCCUUGUCUCUGUGAAUACUGAACCUUUUGUGGUUGCAACAUCAAUGUCAAAGGAGGUCAGUUACAUGGAUAAGAGCAGAGGUCUGCAUUGGUCUUUUAUUGAGUCUUUGAGUUUUAAAAAAACGACCAUUUUAGUCCAUUUGUUUGCUUUUAAUUUGAUCAAAUAGUGAACAGUUAUACGGUGUUCAGCAUUAAUGAGUAUUCUCCUUCAGAGUUGUCAGAAAACCUUUAGUUUCCUUUCAAAAUCAACAUUUUCUACGUCAGACUUUAUAACAAAAUACUCCCCCCAGAUGUAGGUCAUUGAUUGCAAACAAGAUUUUUUAAGUCGUAUACAAAAAAGUAUUUUUUUCAAUUUAAAAUCAGGAUGUAAAAAUGAGUUCACCCCAAUCAAAGUUCUGAGAGCAAAGCUAAAUUUUAGUUACCAUGUCAGCCUUAUUUUCAUCUUAUGGUAAAUAAAAUUAGAUACUGAGUAAUGCAUUACUUUCAUAGGGGGUGUACUGACUUUUGCUGGGUACUGUAUGUUCAAUUCUUAUGCAUCAUAGCUCACAGAUUUGUCAGACAUACAGGGCUUGAACAUUAACAUGUCUGAGAUUCACGAACAGCUCAACAGUGUCAGUGGAGCUCUUUGAGAACAAUGGGGGGAGACAGUGGGCAUGUCUGAACCGAUGAGUCCAUUUGAAGAUGCACCAAAAGGCCAUGAAGGGGGAGAGUUUGGCAUAAAUCAGAGUGACCACAGAUGUUUUUUCAUGACUGAUGACUGCAAACCUUUUCUCUCAAUGAUCAGUGUCUUCAACACCCAAAUGUACAUUUCAAACAUUUGAUUUAAUAUGUUUAAGUUGUGGAAAGAAUUCACCUUGAGUAUUUUAAGUUUUUGCAACUGUUCUUUGUGUCUUAUUAGGUGGUGGCAGCGCCUCCAAGGAGCAAAAUAAGAAGAAAGCAGCAGACAACACGGAGAGCGCAAACAUUGAAAUCAUGGCCUUCAGUCCUGAGAGAAGGUGAGAGUCAUUCAGGGUCCAUGGUGCUCAUGAGGUGGAAGAAAAGGGGUCAAAGGUCACUGGAAGGAGUGUGUAAUGCUGCAUUCGAGUUACCUCAGAGGUCAGAUGUCCGAGCUGGAAAUGACGUCACACCUGAUUUACUAGUGUUUCUGCUACAAAGUUGGAAAAAAGCAAAUCGGAAGCAGAAACAAGAUGGCUACAUCUACGAAAGUUAUCUUAGUGCUUCGUAGGUGUGGCCAUCUUGUCUUCGCCUCCGAUUUGCCUUUUUCCGACUUGGUAUCUGAAACGCUGGUAACUCGGGUGUGAUGUCAUUGCCAGCUCGGACUUCUGACCUCUGAGGUAACUCGAACGCAGCAUUAGUAGCCAAAUAUGGAAUAUACUCUCAAUGAUGGGGUGGGCAGAAGUUCAUUCAAACAUGAUGGAGACGUCAGAGCACCACAAAUUAAAUGAGACCAAAAUUCAAAACUUCCAACUUGGUGUGCGCUCCAGGUCUCGGUCGUUGGACAUGGCCGUAACAGGAGACAGCGGGAAGAAGAAGAGAGGUGGAAAGGUGUUUGGUUCUCUGGAGAGAGGUCUGGAUAAGAUGAUCACCAUGCUCACCCCCAGCAAGAGACGAGGCCUGCGGGACGGCCCACGCAAGAUCAAGGUAUACAUGAGUGACACAUCUGAUAGGACUUGUUUAGUGUCACACAAGUAUUCAACACAGAACCUUUUUCUUCCCCUCUAGGUGCAGUACAAUGUUACUUUGACCAGCCAGACCAACCCAGACCAGGUCCUCAACCAGAUCCUCUCCAUACUGCCAGAGAAAAACAUUGACUUCACACAGAAAGGGUAAAAGAAAAACACGAGUCCUCCUUUCUUAUUGGCAGACUUGAGUUUUUUUGACCCAGUCCUCAUCUUCCUGUCAUCUUCUCCUUUCAUUCAGCUAUACACUCAAAUGUCGGACAUACGGCGACUUUGGGAAGGUCACCAUGGAGUUCGAGCUGGAGGUGUGUCUGCUGCAGAGGCCGGAGGUGGUCGGGGUUCGUCGCCAGAGACUGAAAGGAGACGCCUGGGUCUACAAGCACCUGGUGGAAGACAUCCUGUCCACAUCCAGCAUCUAAAUAAUGCACUUCCUGGGGAGAUCACUCCUGGAGGCCAUGAUCGUGGAUUGUCUGAACUACAGUACUGACCGCCUGUCUCGGUCCCACAGUUUACACCACAGUGGGUCAAAAGUGAACCCAAUGCAACCACCACAAACAGAAGCAGAGUAUAUUAAAGUUGUGAAAAGUCUGUAUUUUUAGCUCUCCUCCUCCUCCUUACAGAUUGCAUUAAAAUCGUGUCUUAAAGCUUGUUGUUCGCUGAGGUCGUCUUCACACAAUAACGAUCAGUAUUUAAUUAUCAAUGGUAAAUAUUUAAAACUGUCCUAAGGCUAGCCUGCAAUCCCCAGAGAACACGUUACAUCAAAUUUAUGAGCAUUACAUGUACCUGCACAUGUACGGAUCGUGUACAGAAUUUCAUUUUUUAUGCCGAAUGUUGUUGUUUUUCUCUCUUAGCUGAAUUUAAUCCGGGUCAGUCCUCUGGAGAUGGUUUGUGUAUAUGUUUAAAAUGUAACAGCACUAUUUACAGCGAACCUUCUGGCUACCUUUUUACCAUAUUUAUGUCUGGAUGUUGUUAUUCUCCCCUUUAGGUGCUUAACUUGAUUGAAUUACAGAAAGAAGCAGAGCAUAACUAAUUUACCGUCGUUGUUUUGUGAUGAACACGUGUUUACAGAUCUUCCAUCAUGACACUUUUACAUGGUUGUCUCGUGUGAAGCCUCUUUUUAUUUCUCAUUGGUGCUUGUCUUGUUCGAAACUGUCUGUCAUGUUGUGUCUUUAAAAAGUCUUCUGAGAUAAAGGAGAGAAAUAAAUAGUUUGUGGUUUAUUUAAAAUGCUUGUGUUCCUGGAGAUCUAUUUACUCACUACCUUGACAUCAGAUGUUGAUUUUUUUUCUCUUCAUUCAGC